UGAAGGAGGAGAGGCACUGCAAUUGCUACCCAAAUGCUUGCACAAAGUGGGGUUGUGUUGAGUGAGCAAGCUUGAAGUGGACCAUGUGUGAUAGCAGGUGCACAUAAGCAGGAAGGCUGCAGUUUUUCUACCUCACCUACACUUUCUUUUUUCUCUGCAAAUAUUUCCUCUUGGGUCUGUCUACAGUGUUUAACAAGUGUGAGCUUAAAAACUCCUGACUGUGAAGCUGGUGAGUCCUGUGUGGCUGUCAAAGCCUGCCCUUAGGAACAAGCUUCAGAUCUGUUUUUGGAAUGUUGAAGACCUGCAUACAAGUUCUCAGCAUAAAAGGAAGUAACACUUAAUAAAAGCCAUUGGCUGCAAGAUUUCAUGAGAGAGAGAGAGAAGCAGAGAGAAAGCACGAGAACCGUGCUCUGGAAACGCAGGUGUGAUUUAUUCAUAACUUCUAGUUUGCAGCCUCAUGGGAUACUGAUGAAGCAAAUAGAAUUUUCCCUGACAUGGACAAUACAGGAACACAAGAGACUUUUUCACAGCUAAGCCAGGAAAAAAUCCUCAAAAUUAUGAACAUGGUGAAAAACAAAGAAGUGAGCAUUGAAGGAGCUUUGCAAUUGGCACAGAAAGAGGGUUAUGCUGCAAAGGAUGCACAGGAUUUGCUAAUGGGCUCACAAUUUAACUUCAUUAUCUACAAAUACAAACACUAUCGGUGGCAGAAACGGAUUUUGCAGAUUGAUUUCAACACAAAGACCAUUUUUAACAUUGAGAAAGGAAUUAUUAAGAAACAGUUCCCUUUCUCACAAGUCAAAGCCUGUGAAGAUACUGAAAGGAGGCGCUUCAGCAUUGUGUUUCACGGACGACAAGAUUAUGAGCUGGAAGCAGUGUCUCUUGAUGAUAAAAGGAAGAUAACAUACCUUCUGAGCAGAGUUAUACAGAGCAAUUCACAUAAGAGAACAGCUGAGGCCAGCUCUGGAAGACUUGCAGAAUGUGAUGUGAUUCAUGAAGGACUCCUGGAUUUACAACAAAAGACUUCUACAUCCCUUGAAUGGGUGAAGUACUUGGUACAACUCCGUGAAGGAGAGUUGACUUUAUAUCCCAUAGAUCUGGGAAGAGAGAAGAAGAAUGCAAACCCUGUAACAAAUACAAUUGAUUUAUCAGGUGGGAAUGUAAGUGUCAACAAGGAGAACGGAUACAGUACUUUUUCUGUCCAGAUCAAAGACUGCAAUUAUUUGUUUCGAAUACCCUUUACUGUUCAGAACAGCAGGACAGUGGAUGCUAGCGAGCUGCAGAAGGAAUGGGUGUCUCUUAUAGAAAGGCACUGUUCAGUGUCCAAGGAUGCCUCGCAGCCUCAAGAGGGAUCUCAAGGGUGCAUCUCCCCAGAAGCAGAUUAUGAGGAAUUUACUGUACCUCUGGAUGAACAGAAAGAAGAGACCCUCUACUUCGGGGUGAACUCUGCAACAACCAGUCUGAACAAGUCUUCAAGCCUCCAGACAAAGCCUGCAGAGGAGAAAGCAGUCCCAUUAUCACCAGCUCUUCCACUUCCCAUCAAUAAGGCAGGAGUACCACCAGCCCCACCUGUGUUCCCACAGCCCUGCAGCGGGAGAACAGAGGGGACAAAGAGAACCAAAGCCUUUCACUGGGAUGUUGUUCCUUAUGAUAAGAUUCAAAAAUCUGUCUGGGGAUCAUGCGACCCAUGCAGGAGAAAAAUAGAUGUAUCCAGACUCUGUGAUCAGUUCCAGAUCCAAGACACAACAGUAUUUUCAGGCAAUGAACCUUCAGUGAAUCAACACAUCAUGUUAGAUGCAAAAAUUGCACAUAACUUCAAUAUUUUUCUGAAGUGUUUCCGUGUAAAACCAAGUGAGCUGAAAGAAAAACUAUACAUUAUACAUGAAGAGAGUGGUGGACUUACAGAUGAGCAGAUUACAGCACUAAGAAGAUACAUGCCCACACCAAAAGAUGCAGAAAGGUACAGGUCAUUCGGGGGAUCUCCUUCAGAGCUGCAUGUGGUCGACCAGUUUAUGUUAGAGAUGUGUAAAAUCCCUCACUUAGGCCAGAGGCUGGAUCUCCUGCUUACCAUACGUGAGCUCCCCAUGAGCAUGAGAGAUUUGGAGCCUCUGAUAAACCAGAAAAUCCAAGCGAGUAAGCAGCUGCAGUCCAGCCAGAAAUUUGUUGCUGUUUUGGAGUACAUUUUAGCCAUUGGAAACCAUUUAAAUGAAAAGGCUGGAAAAGAAAAGGCUAAAGGAUUUAGAUUGUCAUCUUUAACCAAAUUACCUCUGCUGAGGGGUAAAGAGAGGGCAUUCACCUUGCUUCAUGCCCUUGUGGAACAGAUCUUCUUACAUGAGCCUGAUCUGGCCAAAUUUUCUCAGGAGUUGACAGAAUUUGAAGCUGUUCCUGAUGCUUCCAUGAAGGGCCUCUGUGCUGAAGUUGAUGUUUUAAAAAGAGAGCUGGAAAAUGUUAUUCAGUGCAGGAGGCUUAUUAAACCGAAGCCAGCCAAGGCAACACCCCAGGAAUCACAGUUCUGCAAGGAACUAAAGGAUUUAAUUCAGAAAUAUGAAGAGGAUCUAUCCCAGCUGUCAAAGAGAUGUGAGGAAAUGAAGAAGCUUUAUAGCAACAUACUGGUAAAAUUUGGGGAGCCACAAGACCUAGACUCUCAGGAACUGUUUGGAUGGAUAUCUUCAUUCAUUAGUGAGUUUAGGAAGACCUGUGCUGAAGUCAUGCCAUAAGGACAACACAAACCUUGUAAAGAGGUGAGGGAAAGAGAAGUUGAGGAAGCAAUGUUUAAUUGGUUUGAAGGUUUCUUGAGUAAUAAGAAGCACAUAGACAGUAUGUAUUCUGUAGGACAAUCUACCUUGAAUUUAAGAGAUAUUCAAUGCCUAAUACAUUAUCUGUAAGUGAUAUUUGCCCUGUAGGAUCACAGAUCACUUACAAGCCUCUCCCUUCUCUUCUUCUGAUGUGUUUUGUACCUUGAGAUGCCUGUGUAUUUAGAAAGGAGACACUUUUGACAUUUUAUAAUUUCUCUGUUGAAUCUUUCCCAUUCAUACCCAAUCUUCUGACUGAAUUUUAACUCUUACUUUCAGUUGAUAAGUUCCUCUAUGGUGACCAAAUAUUUUUUCUAUAAUUUUCUAAAUAAUACUUUAAAAGUUUUACAGUGACAUGAAGAGCUCUUAUCCACAGAGGACAAUAUUUAGCAAAAGUUCCUCUUUGUCUUCCUGCUAUGAAGACAUUGCAGGCUUAUUAUGCAAUGGAGAAAGUGGCUGGCUAGCUUUAUUUUGUUUUGUUUUCUUUUCUCUCAAAGUAGUACAAUAAAAUAGUGCUUUUAGUUGUUAAGCCAUGCAUUCAGGUAAAAUGCUAUAGAACCUGAUUAAUAAGUGAAAUUUGCAUUGGCAGGAAGAGAAAAAUAUCAUAGAUGCCUCAUGAUAAAUUUUUAUUUUGCUUCUAAGUAAUGGAUGCUGGAAGUAAUUAACCAUGGCUUUCAAAAGAGAAAAUUCUUCCAUUA